AUGCGCGGGAUAUUUCAGGGCUUUAGCCUGCUCGCUAGUUUUAUAUUAGUCUAUGGCCUGCCGGACGCUUGUCCCUGGAAGAAGAACUUUACCGAGAAUCCGGAAUUCAUCACCAAGGAGUAUGUGAAGCAGAUCGGAGACCUCGAAGACUGUCUAUAUUACUACUUGAUCGACAAGGAGUACGAGAAAAGCAACGAAUUCAACUCGCUAAUCCACCGCGCCCCGCCAACCGACGGGGAUGAGAAGACGGGGCGAGUUCUGCGGGUAGAAAUCGAGGAUAUUCUCAUCCACCGCGUGCAGCUGAAACCCCAGUCCACCUACCAGUUCCGCAUCGAGGGUGACAUUUACUUGAAUUGGCUCGACACGCGAUUGACGUGGGACCUGUCCGAGUGGCAUAUCGAACAAUUCACUCUGCACGACACCCAUCACAUCUGGAGCCCAAAACUGAAGGAUUUCGGCCGCUGCGCAGACGACCCGCUGGCCUGCAUAACCACCUUAGCCGACGUCGAUCUUCUGUCAGACGGCCGGGUCUAUGCACGAUUGCACUUCAGCUAUGAUUCAUACUGCAGUGUGGACUAUUCAAGAUACCCAGAAGAGGAGAACAACUGCUGCGUCUUUUUCAGUGGCUUCGAGCAGGAAGUGACGCUGGCUUUCGAUGUUUUGCCGAAAACAAACCACGAAAUGGAGCACGCCGUGGGAGCGGCGCCGCCCGCGACCCGGCAUCUGAUCGACUCGGUCUACGCGAUGGAGGAGGACCACACGGCCUGGGUUGUUGACAGUCGCACUAUCACCUCGCACUCCGUGAUCGUCCCCAUCCCGAAAAGCGAGAUGCGGAACACGGGGGUCGUCAAGGUGGCACCAUUUGCGGCCUUGGAGAUGCUCCGUGUCUGCGUGCAUGCCGAGAAGAAGAUGAGCACCGUCGCUUUCGCUUUGAGACUACCAGUCACGAUCGCCACCCUGAUCAUGCUCGUCUCGCCGCUCUUCGGCGAGCUGAAGACUCAAGCCUGGGUGAAGCUGCUGACACUGUGCCUCCAGACCGCCUGCUUCCUCUUCCUCGUCUCGAUCGCUCCGCCCAAUGGCUUCGCCGGGGCUAAGCCAAAGAUUUACGUCUUCUACGAGUUCCUCUUCACCAUCACAUUCCUCUCGAUCCUAGUGACGGUCAGCAUGAUGGCCGUAUCUCGGGUGAAGCGUACCGUACCCCCAACUCAUCGUGUCUACCUUUUUGCGAAGGUCAUCAACCGGCUAAUCUGCUGCAUCGAGCCGGAACCCGGGGCAUCGUACCAACGUCAUCUGGAUGAGAGUGAGGGCCGCGGCGGGAAUCUCGCCUCAAAUGACCCGGAAUACACCCAAGAUUGGCGCCACAUCUACCUGGCCAUCAACAACCUGAAGAGGAUGGAUGCGCAGCCGUCGAUCCGCCGUGCACCGCUACCGUAUGUCAGAUUGCCGGCUCGUCUUCAACAUCUCGUAAAUUGCAAGCUCAGCUUUGGGGCCCGUGUUCAGCUGCGCGCCACGUCAAAGGUGUUCUCCAAGCGGCCAGGGGACGUUUUUCUGCUCGUCGGCCAGUACCGUUUCGUUCGACUCUUUAUCAAGGGCCUUCAGUGCCAUUGCGCCUUCAGCUUCUACAUAGAAGAAAUGCCAGAUCCCACGCUACAGCCCAGCGACUUCAUCAACAUAAGUAUCGGAGUCUCGGAACGCGAUGAGUCCUAUGCAAUUGACUGUGGCUUCCGGCAACGGAGCCCGGAUGACGUUGGACCCUACUUCAUAGAGACUACUACUACAGCCUACAACAGGCCUAAAGUUCUCCGAUUCGAAUCCACAAUCUCAAUGGAUGAACGCCGUGCCCUUCGAAUCCUUGACAAGCUGACCUCCAGCCUGCCUAGUCAGGCCGUCUGCUUACAACACAUGUUAUUGGGCCGUCCGCUACCCGCCAUCACGAAAAUGUCCUUUUUCCGUCGCUGCCCAAUCACGAUCGCUGCCCAAUUUGGCGCGCUGUGGGCCGGCAGGCACCACGACCGCUAUUUGCGCCUCGACGAAUGGAUACCGAACGGAUUGCGGCCAUACCAGGCUUCGAUUUGGCCGACUGGCUACUACGCCCCCGAUGAUUAUUUGCCCAUUCUCAUGGAUGCAUUUGAAAAGUUGAAAGACCUACCACUGCUGCACCUCAAUCAGGUUUAUCGCGUGAAAGCCGACUGUCUCGAGUCGCUGGCAGUCAUCGAGCAAAUGAUUCACCAUAUCGUCAAGAGUCCACCGCCCAGCGGCCAAAGGCGCCUGGUGGCCUUUCACACCCUACUGUUUCGCCGAUACUUGCCGCCCGAGGAAGAACGUUCGGAGUAUCUAUGUGCAAGGGAAAAGAUGCUGGAGAGGUUGAUCGAAUCCUUCAAUAACUGCCAAUCCCAUUUCAAUACACAAGUACAGUUGUACGUAGAAGGAGGACGUGGGCGUAGAAUGUUCAAAGGCGCCCCGCCAUGCGUACGAACCGGAAUUCGGAUAAUUCUCGCCCAAAACUACUCCUUGCCUCACUCGAAACAGCUGAUCCACCUGUCGCCAUGGUUGCUUUCCGAUACCUGUGCUGAACGAUUGACCGGACCGAAAGAGGGAAUCGCUCUAAGAUGGGAUUCAUCAGCUACACGCGACUCGAUU